AUGGAUCUCUUGUCCAACGCCAGUGCUCCACUCUCCUCUGUGCCCGCCGAGUAUGUCUUCCCACCAGAGAAGCGUGCUUCCCUCCUCGGCGACCUUAGCUCCGAUGAUGUGUCACUGCCGCUCAUUGACCUCCACAGUGGCGCCCUCUCUGACGGAAUCCUCCGCCGCCAGGUUGCCACCGAGAUCGUCAAGGCUGGUAAGGAGUUUGGCUUCUUUCAGGUUGUGAACCACGGCGUGGGGGAGGAUGUGGUGCGGGCAUUCCGGGAGGCAGCAACAAAGUUCUUCGAGAUGCCACCAGAGGACAAGCUCACGUACUGCUCUGAUGACCAGAGCAAGCCCUUUCGCAUCGCCUCAAAGACUCCUUGGGAUCGCAACAAGAACCGCUACUGGCGUGACUACCUCAAGCUCAUCUGCUACCCCAUUGAUGAAGAGCUCGUCCACCACUGGCCAUCCAAGCCGGAGGCCUUCCGGAGUUCCCUCGCCGAUUACUCCGUCGCCCUACACGAGCUGUCCCGGAAUCUGCUCGAGCUGAUCGCUGAGGGGCUCGGCCUCGAUAGCGGCUUCUUUGGUGGAGAUCUCAGCCGUGGCAACACGCAGAUGAACGUCAACUACUACCCUCCAUGCCCAGACCCAUCCCUCACGAUGGGCCUGCUCCCACAUUGCGACCGCAAUCUCCUCACUGUGCUAUCCCAGGGCGAUGUUGCCGGGCUCCAGGUUAGACACAAUGGGCGGUGGCUCCUUGUCAACCCCCUCCCUGGCGUGUUUGUCGUCAACUUCGGCCACCAGAUCGAGAUCGUCACCAAUGGGGCGCUGGCCAGUGUCGAGCACCGUGUGUUCACCAACUCUGCCAAGGCGAGGUUGUCGUUGGCCACAUUAGUGCACCCCACGAUGGACUGCCUUGUCGGCCCGGCGCCAGUGAUGGUAAGCGAGGAGAACCCGGCAAAGUUCAGGGAAUUCGUGUUCAGCGAGUUCUACGAGACUUUUGACACUGCUGCCGGCAACAGGGAGGACGUGCUUGAGUCCUUCAAGAUCCGUCGCGGCUAG